AUGAAACGAGAAAGCAAGUUGAUGAAAUUUAGUGUGAUUAUGGAUCCUUUCAUUGUACCUCUUCAGUUGGAGGAUAGUAUUCAAUGUCUAGCUCCAUCCAAUAAGAUGACGAAGCAACAUGAUGAUCAUGUAUCCAUAGAGAUGGAUGAAUUGGUUGAACAACAAGAUCAUUUCAAGCUCUCCGAUAGGAAUUUGAGCGUUUUGGAACAAGAACUUCCAUCAGAAAUUAUAAUUUAUAUUUUACAAUUUUUAACUGCACACGAUCUCGGAAUAUUGAACAGGACUUCAAGAAAUUUUAGAUAUUAUUGGAUUGGUUCUCGAUCAGGAUUUAAUUGGAAAUUUCUUCAUGAAUUUAAAAAUCAUAGUGAUUAUCAUUUAUUUAUUGGGCCUGACACGGACAGUGAAUUGUCCAGUUACUUGUUCAAAAAGUAUUGGUGUCGAAGAUUUGAACAGUCCUUCAAGAAAUUAGAGUACGGAAGAGAAAGCUUUAACAGUGAUUUUGCUUCCAUUGCGCUACUAGGACCUCCUCAUUCUGGAAAAACAAGUUAUUGUCGAUCGUUUAUGAGGAGUGAGUGGCCUCUUAAUGACAAUAACUAUCAACCUACUGUAAAAUUUCAAACCUGUUGCGUGUCCUUUCGAAGAUCAAGUGGCUCAACCACAGUACUUAAAUUGUGUGAUGUUGGGUUUACAGAUAGAACCAUGUUCCAACAAAUGCUUUUCAUGAAUUUUGUCAUGUUCUUUUUUGAUUUGAGUGACGAACAAAGUUUUGAGGAGUGUGUGAAAUAUAUCAAGCAUUUUGUGCAAGUAUUGAGAAAACAACCACAACAAUUGAAUUCACAUUUACUUUCACAUCACAAAACAGUAUGCAUUGUUGGCGCUAAAAGUGAUUUACCACGAAAAGUUCCAGAUGAAAGCAUUCAAAAACUUUUAAACACCAUCCUUCCCAAUGAAGGUGUGUUGCUUGGCGAUUUGAGAAUACAAUAUUUUGAACUAAGUUCAAAAGAAAAUAAGGGAACAUGCUAUCCAUUGUAUUUUAUAAUGAGGACACACUUGAAGUCAAGAGAGGCAACUGGAGUGUGA